CCCUCCAGUCUGCACCGGGCAGCGCCGGAGCCCGUGGCCUCGGUAUCGGGGGCCGGCUGCUGGCCGCGAGCAGCACUCUCGGUGGCGGGGCUGCGCUCCUCCCGCCUGGACCCCGCCCCCCGGCAGACCCCGGUCACUCCAGCGGCUGGCCGUCGCCACCGUCGCCACCGGCUGGUGGAAUGCAGAGGUGCCCCUGGAGGGCUGUGGCCGCUCACAGUUCUGAAUCCGGGUCGGGGGAGGUUUUGGGAGAGUUUGGGGGAGCGGGCUUGAAGGAAUAGGUUGCAGGACUUGGGGAAGGGCUGCACUGGGGAAUUUCCAGAGUCGGGACUGGUUUAGAGCGGAGGAGCAGGCGUCCGCACUACGGACGCCCGGGGCAGGGUCUCGGAGUCCGGACCUGGCUUGGGGGUAUCGGAGCCGGGAUUGGGGGGAGCGGGCCCCACGUGCCUGUGACGCGGGGGCGGCCGGUAGGCGGCGGCGGCGACGCGGGGCCGGCGGCCGUGCGGUGCCGGGAGGGCUGCUAGGCAGGCGGCAGGAUGCUGCGCGCCGCACUGCCGCUGCUCGGGCUGCCCCUGGCGGGGGCGGGAGCAACCGAAGAGCCCACCCAGGAGCCGGGGUCGCCGGGUGAGCCUCCCCCAGGGUUGGCGCUCUUCCGCUGGCAGUGGCACGAGGUGGAGGCGCCCUACCUGGUAGCCCUCUGGAUCCUGGUGGCCAGCCUGGCUAAAAUCGUGUUUCACUUGUCUCGGAAGGUGACGUCUCUGGUCCCUGAGAGCUGCCUGCUGAUUUUGCUGGGACUGGUGCUGGGGGGCAUUGUCUUGGCUGUGGCCAAGAAAGCUGAAUACCAGCUGGAGCCAGGCACCUUCUUCCUCUUCCUGUUGCCUCCUAUCGUGCUGGACUCGGGCUAUUUCAUGCCUAGCCGGCUGUUCUUUGACAACCUGGGCGCCAUCCUCACCUACGCUGUGGUGGGCACACUCUGGAAUGCCUUCACGACAGGUGCUGCCCUCUGGGGCCUGCAGCAGGCUGGACUUGUGGCCCCUAGAGUGCAGGCUGGCUUGCUGGACUUCCUGCUGUUUGGGAGCCUCAUCUCAGCAGUGGACCCCGUGGCCGUGCUGGCUGUCUUUGAGGAGGUGCACGUCAACGAGACCCUCUUUAUCAUCGUCUUCGGCGAGUCCCUGCUCAAUGAUGCAGUUACUGUGGUGCUGUACAAGGUCUGCAACUCUUUUGUGGAGAUGGGCUCUGCCAACGUGCAGGCCACUGACUACCUGAAGGGAGUCGCCUCCUUGUUUGUGGUCAGUCUGGGCGGGGCAGCCGUGGGCUUAGUCUUUGCCUUCCUCCUGGCCCUGACCACACGCUUCACCAAGCGGGUCCGCAUCAUCGAGCCUCUGCUGGUCUUCCUCCUCGCCUACGCAGCCUACCUUACUGCUGAAAUGGCCUCGCUCUCCGCCAUUCUUGCGGUGACUAUGUGUGGCCUGGGCUGUAAGAAGUACGUGGAGGCCAAUAUCUCCCAUAAGUCCCGCACAGCUGUCAAGUACACAAUGAAGACUCUAGCCAGCUGCGCUGAGACCAUCAUCUUCAUGCUGCUUGGCAUCUCGGCCGUGGACUCUUCCAAGUGGGCCUGGGACUCUGGGCUGGUGCUGGGCACCCUCUUCUUCAUCCUGUUCUUCCGAGCCCUCGGCGUAGUCCUGCAGACGUGGGUGCUGAAUCAGUUCCGGCUGGUCCCUCUGGACAAGAUUGACCAGGUGGUGAUGUCCUAUGGGGGCCUGCGGGGGGCUGUGGCCUUCGCUCUCGUCAUCCUCCUGGACAGGACCAAGAUCCCUGCCAAGGACUACUUUGUAGCCACCACUAUUGUGGUGGUCUUCUUCACAGUCAUCGUGCAGGGCCUGACCAUCAAGCCACUGGUCAAGUGGCUGAAGGUGAAGAGGAGUGAGCAUCACAAACCCACCCUGAACCAGGAGCUGCAUGAGCACACUUUUGACCACAUUCUGGCUGCAGUGGAGGACGUUGUGGGGCACCAUGGCUAUCACUACUGGAGGGACAGGUGGGAGCAGUUUGAUAAGAAGUACCUGAGUCAGCUGUUGAUGCGGCGGUCAGCCUACCGCAUCCGGGACCAGAUUUGGGAUGUGUACUACAGACUCAACAUCCGGGAUGCCAUCAGCUUCGUGGACCAGGGAGGCCACGUCUUGUCCUCCACCGGGCUCACUCUGCCCUCUAUGCCCAGCCGCAAUUCUGUGGCAGAGACCUCUGUCACCAACCUGCUGAGGGAGAGUGGCAGUGGAGCAUGUCUGGAUCUGCAGGUGAUUGACACAGUACGCAGCGGCCGGGACCGUGAGGAUGCUGUGAUGCACCACCUGCUCUGUGGAGGCCUCUACAAACCUCGCUACAGGUACAAAGCCAGCUGCAGCCGCCACUUCAUCUCUGAGGAUGCGCAGGAGCGCCAGGACAAGGAGGUCUUCCAGCAGAACAUGAAGCGGCGGCUGGAGUCCUUUAAGUCCACCAAGCACAACAUCUGCUUCACCAAGAGCAAGCCACGACCCCGCAAGGCCGGCCGCAAGAAGAAGGAUGGCAUGGCUAACACGGAGGCUACAAAUGGGAAACCUCCUCGAGACCUGGGCUUCCAGGACACAGCUGCUGUGAUAUUAACCGUAGAGUCUGAGGAGGAGGAGGACAGCGACAGUUCGGAGACAGAGAAGGAGGACGAUGAAGGGAUCAUCUUUGUGGCUCGGGCUACCAGUGAGGUUCUCCAAGAGGGCAAAGUUUCAGGGAGCCUUGAGGUGUGCCCAAGCCCACGCAUCAUCCCCCCCUCCCCAACCUGUGCAGAGAAGGAGCUGCCCUGGAAGAGUGGGCAGGGGGACCUGGCAGUCUACGUGUCCUCAGAGACCACCAAGAUUGUGCCCGUGGACAUGCAGACAGGCUGGAACCAGAGCAUCUCGUCCCUGGAGAGCCUGGCAUCCCCGCCCUGUACCCAGGCCCCAGCUAUGACCCGCCUGCCUCCCCGCUCACUGGUCACUGAAGAGCCCCAGGCCCCCCUCAACCUGCCUUCUGAUCUACGCCCUAGCUUUGCCUUUCCCCCGAGCCUGGCCAAGGCUGGCCGCUCUCACAGCGAGAGCAGCGCUGACAUCCCCCAGCAGCAGGAGCUGCAGCCCCUCAUGGGACACGAGGACCACACUCAUCUCAGCCCAGGCACCGCCAACUCCCACUGGUGCAUCCAGUUCAACAGAGGUGGCCGGCUGUAGCCCAGGGACUCGAGGAGGAGCAGGGGGCCGGAGCCCCUGUGGAAACCUUCCCUGCACAAUGGGCAGAGGAGCCCACUCAACCUGA